AUGAGACAAAAAGGUAAUAAAAUGCCCAAACAUUGCUAUAUCUGUAAUAAGCAGGAUGGAGGGGUUGAGAGGACUAAAGUCAAUAAUAUAUUUGACUCUAAGACUCCCAUUUCUGAUAAGAAAGUGUGUUUAGUGCUACAGGAAAUAUCGGGCAAAGUAGUUGAGGAAAAACAUAAAAAACGGAAUAAUCUAUGUGCUAAAUGCUACAAAAAUUUGCUAGAAUAUGAUUAUUUACUAGCUCGACUGAAUGAUAUGAGAAAAGGCAUAAGCAAUAACAUAGCCAAAUCCGAAGAUAUUCGUAAAACACAAACUGAAGAUGACAGUGAAAUAAACAACAGAUCCAAAAAAAAAGUAAAAUUUGUAGUCCCAGCAUCGAAGUUAAAGCCUGUUCCGCCUGGUUUUGAUUUGAAACUGAAAAAUAAUAAUUUGUUUUCAACUAAAACCCAUCCUAUCUCAGUGACAAAACAACCAGUACCAAUAUUUCAGACUCAACAAAAAAUACCACAGACUAUAUCUCAAACAAUAGAACCAAACAACCAAUGUACAGAAAUGCCAAUAAUACUGCCGAGUGAUAUAUCAUCUAUUCUAGAUAGGAAAGGGUUCAGUUUAGAUGAUUUAGUUCUUAUGAAGGACAAAAAUAAUGAGAAUAACGAUGAUAGACCUAUGGAAAUUGAUGAAGAUGCAGUUAUUGUCGAAGCAGAAAAUGGUUUGCUGAGUGUUGUUUCACAUCAAAAGCUUUUAUAUGGCAACUCUGGAUUAUCAUUUGUAAUGCCUCAGGAUACCAUAAACAACCAAGAUGAGGAUGGGCAAGAUUCAAAUUCAGAAUCACACAUAGAGCUCCAAGUCUCCGGUGACGAAGAGACUGCUAAAGCAAUUAUCGCUGCAGCUAAUGAACAAGGCGGUACGUUUAUAAAAGUGGACACGGGCGAGAUGUUUGAAGUACAAUCUGUGGAGAGUAAGAUGCAAGACUUCAAUAAUGGUGACGAUGCUCUACGGUUAGACGACGGAAACAUGGUGGAAGUUGUGGAUGAUCAAUUUAAAUGCUUAUUUUGCGAGAGAAACAACACUACGGUGAAAUCUGAAUCAGUACUUGGUGACGCUGAUUGGAUGAUGAACCACCUGAAGACCGCGCAUUCAGCGAGGCUGUACCUCUGCAGUUGCGGCGUUAUUAUAAGAAAGAGGGCAGACUUCACCGCUCAUCUAGAAAUACACGCAGAUAAAAAUAACAUUCUCACUCCGCAGACAGCGGAAAGGUUGGGCAGACAACACGAGUGCCAAGUUUGUAAGAAGAAAUUCAGUUCUCGGCUCGUGCUCUCCGGUCACAUGAACACACACACAGGCAACCGGCCGUAUACGUGCGAUAUUUGCAAUAAGUCCUUUGCGUCUCGAUACUCGCAACAAGCACACAUGAAGACACAUAGUGAAAGACCUCGUCCUUACAAAUGCACGGAAUGUGGCAAAUCAUUCUUCACACCACACAACCUCGCGCACCAUCAAAAGAUCCACUCCGGAGUAAAAGAUUUUGUCUGUAAAGUCUGUGGUAAAGCUUUUGGAUCUCAACACAAUCUGGAAGUCCAUGCCGUGGUACAUUCAGGCGUUAAACCGUUUGUCUGUUCUGUCUGUAAUAAGGGUUUCGCAAGACGCGCAGAAGUCAGGGAUCAUAUGCGAAUACAUACAGGUGAACGCCCAUUUGAAUGCGAGCAUUGCGGCGCAAGAUUCUCUCAACGCUCCAACUUACAUUCGCAUAGGCGAGCUACACAUUUGAACGACAAGAGGCAUCAGUGUCCUCACUGUACAAAGAAAUUUAAACGGCGGCGUUUACUAGAAUACCACAUAAAAUCCAACCACACUGGCGAGAGGCCACUCAAGUGCGAACUGUGCGAUGCUUCGUUCAUAUAUCCGGAACAUUACAAGAAACACGUCCGAAUACACAGUGGGGAAAGGCCAUUUGCAUGCGAGGUUUGCGGCAAGAGCUUCAAUUCGCGCGACAAUAGGAACGUACACAGAUUCGUACACAGCGACCGAAAACCGUACGAAUGCGUAAUUUGCGGCACCGGCUACAUGAGGAAACAUUUGCUCUACCAGCAUAUGAAUUCUACGGGUCACAUUUCCGAGUCCAUCGUUGUGAAUCAACCGCGCGUUAGCGAAGUGGAAGAUGAGGAGUCCAAAGUUCAAUCCAUAAUUAUUAGUGCAGAUAACAAAGACGGCAAAAUUAUGGAUACUGUUUUUGAAACGGAUGAACUGCAGGUCUUAGCCGCCACCGAAAAGGGACCAACGGAAACCGUCAACGCGCCGACCCAAUACAUCUUGUCUGCUGGACAUAAAGCGAUGAAUAUAAUUCAAGAAAACGAAGCGCAAAUAGAGGACAACACUUACAUGAUACAAAACUUUGAGAAUUCUGAACAGAUAGAUGGCACUGUACUUGAAAACCUUACUACCGAGCAGCUGGAAGAAUCGCCUGUCUUAAGUGACGGUAAUAGCACUUGGCGUUUCUUUCAAGUUCAGCUGUCUGAUGGUGAGUCCGGUUGGGUUGCAGUCGGUCAGUAA